AUGGGAUUGUAUAAUAAUGUGAAUAAUUAUAUCAUCCUGGACUCACAUGGAUAUUUUACCAGUUUCUCUACCUCAAUUCCUGGGACAUGUGCUACAGAAGAAAUUGAAAUGGUUAAAAGAGGAAUAGCAGAUCUCAUUCAGUGUUUGCCAAUGGAUGAACCAAUCAACAUAGAAGAGUACAUAGAUAUUGAUAGAAACAAAGAAAUUAUUUCUCUACUGAUGAAAACAUUUUAUUCCAAGAGAUUCUCUGAAGCAUUGUUGGGAUGUGAUAACAUGCUUGCAUACAUUGCACAAAAGAAUUUGAACAUUGACUUUUCUGCUAUAAACACACUUAAUAAUUUGAGAAAAAAGAUUACUCAAACCAGCGCAGAAUUGGCGUGA